AUGUUGCUCUGGCUCAUCGUCCUGACCGGUGUUGCUUGCCUCUCGUGUCCCCUCCCCCCUGCCCCGGGACUUGCCUCCCACUCCCAUGUCGUAGCCACCUUGCGUCACCUCUUCCUCUCGGACAACAAGAUCACCAGUCUCCCGGCAGAGAUUGGGAAUCUCACCAACCUCUCCCUUAUUUCUCUCCGUGACAACCGCCUCACGCAUCUCCCGCCAGAGAUUGGCAAGCUCUCGAAGUUGGUCGAGUUCAAUAUCCAGGGCAAUGACAUUGCCUUCUUCCCCGCCGAGAUGGCCGGGCUCCCGCUGGAUGGGGAGGAGUCUGUGUUCAAGGCCGCCGGCAACCCCCUGAUCCCGGAGAUCGUCAAGGCUCUCGAGAAGAACGGACCGAAGGCGCUGCUGGCCUACCUGGCCUCGGAGGAGUACAAGCCGGUCUUGGAGAAGGCUCUCCAGGACUUUGAGAGCAAGGGCUCCAAGAAGAAGAAGUAG